CUGUUUGACCAAUUUGAGCUUUAAUUCGGAUCAUUUUACUUUAAUGAGGUUUCAAUUUAAUCAAAUUUCAGUGAAGACUUUAGCCCUCAGUAUUUACAUUGUUUUGUUUCGGUAAAUGUAUCGUUUAACGCAGGAGUUAUUAGAAGAGGGAAAUGAUUGGACUGUGAUUUUGUGUAUUUUAUUAUUACUGCAUCAUUAUAAUAAUGUAAUGUAGGGGGUUCAUCCAGGCUGUCCUUCAGUCUUCCACCGCUAGAUGGCGCCAGCGCUUUCUUCUGGGACGCCUUGGCUGCGUCCAGGACCGUCUUUGCCGACACGUCCUUGUUUUAAUCAGAAAAUAACAGGUAUCCUUGUUCGGCCGCCUCUCGCACCCAUUUACACCCAGGAGGAAAGAGGGAGGAAAACCUGAGUAAAAAUAAACCCGGCCUGGCACGGUGAAGGCUCGUUUUAGCGCGUGUCUUUGGGGUCGGACGGAGGGGCUCAACUGGGCUGAAGCGAAACGUGCGCGUGUGGAGACAGUCACCGCAGUCGGUCUGUGUGUGUAUUUAUGAGGAGCAGGCUGCUUUAAUAUGGGGCUGAUGUCAGCCCGUCUGUCCACCUCUGGACCGACCGUCGCCGCGAUUCACGCCUGAAUUCAAGCCCUUCGAAGAGGACCUGGUGGAUAUGGAAUGGUGCAUGCUGCUGGGCCAAGUUUUCAGCCUCUGAAAAACACCGGAAUCAUGGACAAUCAUCCGCUGUGCACCAGGCUUUGUCCACACUCUCUGGACAAGGAGGACGGCGUGGAGAGACAAGGUCCCGUCACUCUGAACCCUCGGCACAUGAGGAAGGCGUUUAAAGUCAUGAACGAGCUGCGCAGCCAGAGCCUGUUGUGCGACGUCACUAUUGUUGCAGAGGAUGUAGAGAUGGCGGCUCACAGAGUGGUUCUGGCUGCCGGGAGCCCUUACUUUCACGCCAUGUUUACUGGGGAGAUGGCGGAGAGCAGGGCCAAGCGAGUGAGAAUAAAGGAGGUGGACGGCUGGACUCUGGGCCUGCUGGUAGAUUAUAUCUACACAGCAGAGAUACAGGUCACAGAGGAUAACGUUCAGGCUCUCCUGCCUGCAGCAGGACUGCUUCAGCUCAAUGAGGUAAAGAAGGCCUGUUGUGAGUUCCUGAGCGCCCAGCUGCAUCCGUCCAACUGUCUGGGGAUACGAGCCUUUGCCGACCUACAUGCCUGCUCCCAACUCCUCGCGCAGGCUAAUAGCUAUGCAGAGCAACAUUUUACUGAGGUGGUUGGAACGGAGGAGUUUCUCAAUUUGGGCAUGGAGCAAGUGUCCAGCCUGAUCGCCAGCGAUAAGCUCACCAUCCCCACAGAGGAGAAGGUGUUUGAAGCUGUGGUAGCUUGGGUAAACCACGACAAAGAUGUCCGCCAGGAGCACUUGGCACACCUGAUGGAGCAUGUUCGCCUGCCGCUCCUCUCCAGAGAAUACCUGGUGCAGCGUGUGGAAGAGGAGUCCCUGAUAAAGAACAGCAGUGCGUGUAAAGACUACCUGAUUGAGGCCAUGAAGUACCACCUUCUGCCAGCUGAUCAGAGAGCUCUGAUGAAGACGGCUCGCACUCGAAUGAGAACUCCCGCCUGCUGUCCUAAGGUGAUGGUGGUGGUUGGUGGUCAGGCUCCUAAAGCUAUCCGGAGUGUUGAGUGUUAUGACUUUGAGGAACAGCGAUGGUACCAAGUGGCUGAACUCCCUACCAGGAGGUGCAGAGCAGGUGUGGUGUACAUGAGUGGGUGUGUGUACGCGGUUGGUGGUUUCAACGGGUCUUUGCGCGUGCGGACGGUGGACUGCUACGACCCGGCGAUGGAUCGAUGGACGAGUGUAAGCAGCAUGCAGGACCGGCGGUCCACGCUCGGCGCAGCUGUUCUAAACGGGCUCCUCUACGCUGUCGGAGGCUUCGACGGCAGCACGGGCCUUUCCACAAUCGAAGCGUACAACGCCAAGACGGACGAGUGGUUCCACGUGUUGCCUAUGAGCACCAGGCGCAGCAGCGUGGGAGUUGGUGUUGUUAAUGGGAUCCUGUAUGCUGUUGGGGGUUAUGAUGGAGCCACCAGGCAGUGUUUAAGUACAGUAGAAGCUUACAGUCCUAAAAGCAACGCAUGGAGCUAUAUAGCAGAGAUGGGCACGAGACGUAGCGGAGCAGGUGUAGGUGUAUUGAAAGGUUUACUGUAUGCUGUGGGGGGACACGAUGGCCCGUUAGUGAGAAAAAGCUGUGAAGUCUACGAUCCAGCUUCAAACAGCUGGCGACAGGUCGCUGACAUGAACAUGUGUCGACGCAACGCAGGCGUGUGUGCUGUGAACAACCUGCUGUACGUGGUGGGCGGGGACGAUGGCAGCUGCAAUCUGGCUUCGGUGGAGUUCUACAAUCCAAACACGGAUAAGUGGACGCUGCUGCCGACCUGCAUGAGCACAGGCCGCAGUUAUGCAGGUGUGACCAUGAUCGACAAGCCCUUAUGACUGUUCCUGACAGCUGCCUUUGAUUAAAAAGCAGAAUGUAUUCUCGUGCUGAAUACUGAUCUUGGAUCUGUCUACGACACUGAUGCUCGAGUUUUGGGCAGCAUCGGUUCGGGCGCUGCUGACGAAGAUGAAGGAAAUAUAACAACGAUUGUUAUUGUUGAGGACGAUGAAGCUUUUUGCACUUAGCUGAGACGAGAGGGAGCCAUAAAAAAAAAAAAACGAACAAGAAACAAAAAAAAAACGAGGGUAUCAAACCUGUUUUAAUCCGCUUCGGGCGGGAAGCGCAGCCGUAACUGGAGGACCCAGUUUGAAGCACAGCUGUACAGCUGCAGAGACACUGAGAUGCUACUGACAUGAAGCUGCUAUAACUGCGAAGUUACUUUAUCAUUAGUAGCGUUAACACAAACCAGACCUGAGAAAGAGUAGUCGUAUUCUGUGCCCGAGCAAAGCAGCGAAGGAGCAUUUUAGACUGAAGAGUUUCUUUUUUUUUUUCUGUUUGUUUUCCUCUUCUUUUUUGUUUUGUUCUUCUGAGAAGUGUGCUCCAUUGCUCGCACAUGUAAGGCAUGUGUUUUUGUUUGCAUUAGUGUGUCGUGAGGCCUGGUUUGAUGCAGCAUGAGUACACUGUCUAACUUCUGACUUAUUGCAGUGCUGCGGUGAGGCUCUUUAAGAGUGCCUGAAUGUCAAAGUACACCUUUCUACUUUCCUCUGUUUUUGCCUCGUGUAUCGUUCCGGGACUCGAGACGCUUGUCUGGGAUUUAGAAAUAAAUUCUGACUUUAGAUUUGUGGGAUUGGCUGUAUUAGCUUGUUAUUUUUUUUUAAUGAAUAACAGAAUUUGAGAACACGAUCAUGUACACCUCACAGAGAAAACAGCCUUUGUUGGAAGAGAAACCUCAGUCGUGUAGCCAAACAGCGAAGAGAGAGAAGCUGUUUGAAAUGUGAAACAGCUGGAUGUGUUCUUACCUGGCAGCCAUAUUUAUCCUGGUUGUAACCACUAAAUGAGAGCAGCAGCCUGAACUCUCUGCAUGGACCCCGUCUUUACCCUGUUUUCUCAGUUCCCUCCUCUUGUUUGAUGUAAUUACCUGCUGCGCACCCCUGAGCGUAAUAUGAAUGUGCCAAUUUUACUAUCUCUUCUUAUUUCUGUCUCUCUUUACUACUGUUACUAAUCUGUUCUCUCUUUCUUACUGGGAAGUGACCAAACUCCUUUUUUUUAACUCUCGUUUUUCUCGCUUCUUCUGCUAUAAUCAAAACUUGCUAUAAAAUUAACUGGUAUAGCUGUUUCUCGUCAGUGUUUUGAGGAAUGUCACGUUGGCUAAUAACUUGGGAAAUGUUUUAUUACAUGUUUUAUAUUAUUAUUAUUAUUUUAUGAAUAAAUAUGCUUCUUGUAUUUUAAGCUGUGAAAUAAUAUAUUGUUUUUAAAACUUUGCCAAGCCAGUAAAUACGUUGGAAAAACAAAA